AUGGCUGUAGGAAACAACACUCAACGAAGUUACUCCAUCAUCCCGUGUUUUAUAUUUGUUGAGCUUGUCAUCAUGGCUGGGACAGUGCUGCUUGCCUACUACUUCGAAUGCACUGACACUUUUCAGGUGCAUAUCCAAGGAUUCUUCUGUCAGGAUGGAGACUUAAUGAAGCCUUACCCUGGGACGGAGGAAGAAAGCUUCAUCACCCCUCUGGUGCUCUAUUGCGUUCUGGCUGCCACUCCAACUGCUAUUAUUUUUAUUGGUGAAAUAUCCAUGUAUUUCAUAAAGUCAACAAGGGAAUCCCUGAUUGCUGAGGAGAAAACAAUUCUAACAGGGGAAUGCUGUUAUCUGAAUCCCUUACUUCGAAGGAUCAUCAGAUUCAUAGGGGUAUUUGCAUUUGGACUUUUUGCUACUGACAUUUUUGUAAACGCCGGGCAAGUGGUCACUGGUCACCUAACACCAUACUUCCUGACAGUAUGCCAGCCAAACUAUACUAGUACAGACUGCCGGGCACACCACCAGUUCAUCACCAAUGGCAACAUCUGCACUGGGGACCUAGAAGUCAUAGAACAGGCUCGGAGGUCCUUCCCCUCCAAACACGCUGCUCUGAGCAUUUACUCUGCCUUAUAUGCCACGAUGUACAUCACAAGCACAAUCAAGACAAAGAGCAGUCGACUGGCCAAGCCAGUGCUGUGUUUGGGGACCCUCUGUACAGCCUUCCUGACAGGCCUCAACCGGGUCUCAGAGUACCGGAACCACUGUUCGGAUGUGAUUGCUGGAUUCAUCCUGGGCACUGCAGUGGCACUGUUCCUGGGAAUGUGUGUGGUUCAUAACUUUAAAGGAACGCAGGGCUCUCCUUCUAAACCCAAGCCAGAGGAUCCCCGUGGAGUUCCCUUGAUGGCUUUUCCAAGGAUAGAAAGCCCUCUGGAAACCUUAAGUGCACAGAAUCACUCGGCCUCCAUGACUGAAGUCACCUGA